AUGUGGCGGCUGCCGCCGGCGCGGCUGGCCACCUGUCGCGUCUGCCUGGCCGAGGUGCCGGCCGCCGAGCUGCUGCGCCUGCGGGCCUGUGGCUGCCGCUUCUGCCGCGAGUGCAUGGCGACGUACGUAGCGGUGUGCGUGGAGAACGGCGAGCCGACGGUGGCGUGUCCGGAGCCGCGCUGUCCGGCCGACGGCCGGCUCAGCGCCGACGAGGUGCGCCAGCUCAGCGACGGCCACACCUACCGACGCUACCUGCGGCUCGCCUACAUUCACGAGGUGGAGCGUGACCCGAGCCGCACGUGGUGCCCGCGGCCCGGCUGCGACACGGCCUGCUCGCUUCCGGCCGGCGGGCGGCCGUUCACUUGCGGCGGCUGCGGCGGCUCGUUCUGCGCCGUGUGCCGACGGCCGCGCGCCGAGCUCGACACGGAGCUGCACGAGUGCCGGCCGGAGCGUUGGUUGCUGGGCGGCAGCCAGCAGCUGGGCGCCGCCGUCAAACAGUGCCCGCACUGCGCCGUGCCCAUCGAGCGCGAGGACGGCUGCGCGCAGAUGAUGUGCCGCCGCUGCCGGCAUGUGUUCUGCUGGUACUGCCUGUCGUCGCUCGAUGGUGACCUGUUCCUGCGCCACUACGACCGGGGACCUUGCCGCCACCUGUUGGGACACUCGCGCGGCUCGCUCGUCUGGCACAGAGUCCAGCUGGUGGGUGCGCUGGUCGGCGUGGGCCUGGUGUUCGUGGUGGCGGCGCCCGUGCUCAUCCUGUUCGCGCCCGUCUUCAUGUGCACCAGCUGCCAGUGCGACCCGGCGCAGGCGGCGCCGGCCGACCCGGAGAGCUCCAGUCGCCUGGCGCCGCUCGAGGAGGACACCCCGCCGGACUGAGCCGCUCGCCGAUCCCCCCCCCCCCUCCCUCCGCUCCUCUGAGGGCACGGGGAGCGGCCACUUGGCGACGCUUUCCAUGCUUGGCGCCUCGCCUGCCCGGCGUCUCGCUUGUGUGGCGCCUCGCUAGCCUGGCGCCUUGCUUACCUAACGCCCUGCUUGUGUGGCGCCUGCCUUGCCUGGCGCCUCGCUUAUCUAACGCCGCCUUGCUUGUGUGGCGCCUGGCUUGCCUGGCGUCUCACUUGGCUGACGCCUUGCUAGCCUGACGCGGAGUGGGUGACUGUUGGCUACUGUCGCCGUGCUUAAGUCGAGGAUGCGGGCAUAAGCUUUACCCGACGGUGGGAUGGGUGGGGUGGGAAGGAGUUAUGGUGGCCUCCAGGCCCCGCUUCAUAAUGAGUUGGGGUUUGCUUCGCGCUAAGUAUGUGGUAGUUUUAGUGACCAGCUCAUGUUUCUUUCUGCAGGGUUAACAUCCGUCCUCAAUACGCUGUCUUGGUUUUAGGUGAUUAUCUGUUGACGUACGGUUCCUUGUAUCGGGUGUUACUGCCGAGGCUCUCCUGAGUCCUAACUGGGCGAGAUCAGUUGUGCUGCUUUAGCGUGUACCAUAUGUUGAUGUCACUGAUCAUCCCACAGUCCACCAUGUCAAUCAGAUAUGAGGGCGCGCUGUCGGACCAGACGGGCUGUCUCGGUCCCCUCUUUCCAUCCAUCUGUAGAUACACAGCUGCUGUGAUCCACUUUUGGUGCGAUAAGUUGCGCAGUUGUAGCGCCGGGGUUCGUACCUUGCGGAGGUUGCGUAUUGCCGUGUCUAUGUAGUGUACUAGGCAAACGCACGACGCCUUUCACGCGUUACCCUGUGAGGGGCUGUCGGAGGCGGCCUGCUCCGGUGCUGCCCCGGGGAGCGGCUUGGCUUUGGCCACUCCUGGCUCGUCGCUGGGGGCGUGAUGGGCGCCUGCUGCUGCUAAGCGCUCCGCUGGCUGGCUGUCGCCGUCGCCCGCCGGCCCGCCGGCCCGCCGGCUGUCGUGUCGGGGGGCUUCUCGGUGCCGGAGAGCGGCCCGUGCCUGCCGGCCCCGCCGCCGGUCCGCUGGACAUGGCGGGCCGUCCGAUGCGCGCCAGGGCGGGCUCGGGAGAGGAGAGCGCGCUCGCGCACACGGCGGGUCCGCCGGGCGUGACAGCCGUCUGAU